GACAGUUCACACGUUCCCUCACUACAGUUCCCUGAUGUGACAGUUGUAAUAGAGAAGUUGUCUGUGUCUGUGCUGCAGCGGCAGAAGUAGUGCCGCCGCCCAUGAACCAAAGCCACGGAUAAACCUGAUCCAUGACCCCGAGACGAGGACCUCUGUGUCCUGACAUGCCUCUGGAAGGUGUCCCGUCCAGGGAAGAGUACUGCCAGAUAUGGAGCAUCAAGCCGGGAUACUGAGGAGCCUCUUAAGCCAGCUGGAGAGACAGGAGGCUGGGGACAAGGAGGCACACAAUGGCAUUAUUGGGGAGUUUAUGAGGUUGAAAAGCCUGUCAACUAAGUACCGCACGGACAAGACAUACCCAACCAAGACAGCUGAGAAGCAGGAAAACAUCAAGAAGAACCGAUACAAGGACAUCCUUCCCUUUGACCACAGCAGAGUGAAGCUCAGUCUCACCACAGCUAAAAAUGACACGGACUACAUCAACGCCAGUUUCAUCAAGGGAGUGUCGGGCUCCAGGGCCUACAUUGCCACUCAGGGUCCUCUGCCUCACACUGUUCUGGACUUUUUAAGGAUGCUCUGGGAGUACAAAAUAAAGAUCAUAGUGAUGGCAUGUCGAGAAUUUGAGAUGGGAAAGAAAAAGUGUGAGCGCUACUGGCCGGAGAAACAAGAGCAGCCGUUCGUCUGUGAACCUUUUACAGUUUACUGUGACUCUGAGGAACCUAAAGGAGAUUAUUUGGCAAGGACGUUACGGGUGACUUAUUGCAAUGCUAGCCGGACUUUUCUACAGCUGCACUAUGUCAACUGGCCUGAUCACGGUGUACCAGACUCCAUCCCUCCCAUCCUGGACAUGCUGCAUGAGAUGCGGGCAGAGCAGCCCCAUGAUGAUAUCCCUGUUUGCAUCCACUGCAGUGCCGGCUGUGGUAGAACAGGAGCCCUGUGUGUCAUCGAUUAUACCUGGAACCUCCUGAAGAAAGGGAUGAUUACAUCAGAGUUCAAUAUCUUCGACCUGGUUCAGAGCAUGAGGACGCAGAGGCCCUCACUGGUUCAGACCAAGGAACAAUAUGAGCUGGUUUACAGAACCAUCAGGUUACUGUUUGAGAGAUAUCUGCAGUCCAUGGAUGAGCAAACCCGCAGAAAUGAGGUGACGAUGGCUCCAUCCUUGCUCACGCCGGACACUGAAAGUGAACUGUCCAACCUGAGCGAGGAGCUUGACCUGCAACCCCAUUUCCAGCACCUUCUCGACAAUGAAAGGGACACUCUACUGCAGUACCACACACUCUUCUCCAAUUCAGACAAUGCCAUUUCUUUAACAAACCACAACACACAGUGGAAUCAGCAGCAUUUAGACCUACUUCAAAACCUUCCAGAAACUCUCACCACCACCAUGGAUCGACAGGAGGAACCAGGAAAAGUCAUACAUGCAGGCCAAAGAGCCUCUGCAGUAGAUGAGAGUGACAACAAACCAUCACAGAACCCUCAACCUUCAUCCAAAGUAGAAGCAGCCAUGCUUUUGAUGGUGGAAGAUCCCUACUUUGAUACUCCACUGAGCUCCCCUUCAACAGAAGAGCCAUCAAAGGGCCCCAGAGAUGAUACCAAACCUGUCUUCAACACACCCUCACUGCUUCUCAAUGACCAGACCAUGGAGCACAGCUCCACUGCUUCAGGUACCCAUGAGGUUCAUACAGAUGAAGAGGAACCGCCUCCCCUACCUCAGCGAACGCCUGAGUCCUACGUCCUGGCUAUUGAUACAGAGAACCCUGAACCCCAUGAAAGGCUGAUGGUAGUCAUACCACCCAACGCGGCUGCUGAGGCUGUCAGAGAGUUGGGAGGUUGCCCCCCAUCACCUGUGCCCCCACUCCCAGAGAGAACACCAGAAUCAUUUGAGCUGGCUUCUGAUGAAGCUCCUGUGGAGCAGAAGUUAAAUGUAAAGCCAACGAUGAGUCUGACCAGAGUAGGGACGUCAUCAGAGUGGUGUGGAAACUCAAAACCAGCUAAUCCUGUAACUCAGAAUGAAACCAAGUCCUGGGUGAGGAGUAAGAGUCUCAGAGCAAAAAUGGACUUCACAGCUGUAACUCCAACAACACACCCCGAUCUGGCACUAAAUACGACAAAUCUCCAACCAUACUGUCCUCCUCUGGAUCAUAUGUCUCCAACGCUGCCUCAUCAGUCCGAAGAGAGGCUGACGCCUCCACUUCCUGACCGAACUCCAGAGUCGUACCUCCUAAACACAGGAGAUGUAGAUGAAAAACCAGUCACCAACUCCCAGCCUGUGGAAACAUUACAUCCCUCAGCAAGAAUCAGCCUAUCGUCAGGGCAAAACAGCCCCUCUCAGCCCAGGAGGUUCCUCGAUGUUAUGAGCCGGAGCAAGAGUGUUCGAGAUAAAGGUUCAAAACAAGAGCCCCUCACUGCAGCUCGACCGCUCACUCCACCUCCUGUGGUCAGAGCAGCAGCAGGAAGUGAAGCACAUGUAGAACAUGGCGCACACCACAGUGGCUCGGUGAACUCUGAGACAUCCACAAACAAAACCAACAAAAGCAAUGAGAAGGGCAUGAUGAGAUCGAGGAGUUUGAAGUUUUUCAAAUCCAAACAAAAACCAAAAACAUCACCUCCACAACCUCCAACCCAACCUGGAACUCCACCUCCAUCAUAUGCCACCUCGUCUUCACUGUUCAAAUUUGGGUUUGGGAACCGUUUUGGCAAGCCAAAAGGCCCCAGGAGUUAUCCAGAGACGUGGGUGUGAAGCUGGAGUUAAUGAAAUAUAUGGAUCCUGUUCUAUUUAUCAAUGCACAGUACUAUGCAGAGUCUUAUAGCAUGUUUGAGCCCAAAUUGAAGCUGAAGUAGGCCGCAAAUGUGGCAUGUAAGCCACCUGAGGGGACAAAUUAGUCGAGAAGGACGAUUGACACAACUCAGGUUGUCCUCUGGAUGUCCUUGGACAUUACCAGGGUAAUGUGAAAGUAAUCUGUUGGACAAAUAAAGUCCACAAUCUUAAGGUGGGUAGUAGGUUUGCCACAAGCUGUGCUGUGGAUGUCCUAAGGGUCCAAAAACUGCAGGCGGUCUGUGGGUCUAUCACCAGGGGUAAAAAGGCCCCAGAUGAAAAAAGCGCUGUCAAGCUUGACCUUGGCUGCCCCCUCUUCUACAGCCCCAGGUUAUUGCACAUCUGACCCUUUCGCACUCUAGAUGCUUAAAACUUAUGCACAUGACUGUACAUUGGAUAGUGAGGAGAUUUGGACCAGUGGAAGUUUUUACAGCCAUCUCAUGGCAAUUUCAGGCUGUUUCUCUGCUUAUCACAGCACAACAGCAGAGAACAUGAAGUGCCUUAUUUCCAGCUCUCAUCAGCUGUUUAGUACUAAAAAUAAUCAAAGGUUGCCCAUACAUACUAAUGGGUGCCUAUGCUUAAACAACAGGGAAAUCCACUUGGACCAAAGACUUGAACAUCAAACCAAAAACUAAAUAUUUGCUUGAAGAAGUCUGCAAUAUUAACUUUGACACUUCUUAAUGCUAAAGACAAACUCUGUUAAACUAGUGUGUGAGGAAUUUAUAUUUUUGUGUGUCUGUUUGAGUUUGAAAAGACGGGUACUUUUUGGUAAGAAAGAAAAUUUCUUUUUUAUACAAACAAACAUUUAGUGUAUGGUACCAAGUUUGGGUUAUGAAAAACGUGUCUCCAAUCCAUUUUUUUGUAGCUUUAACAAGCAUCAUUUUUGAAAGGCUCAACAUUCUUAAGGAUACCUUAAGGCAGUGUUUCUCUGCCAUUUCAAGCUAACUUCAUGUCUGGCAUAGUUAUUUGGUGAAUUAACUCCCUUGCAAAGCUCCUUUUUCCUGUUUUUCUUUUUAAAAAAUCCCUACGAAUCACACUGGUAUGCUAUUUUGAAGCUAAAAUAUGUGGACAUUUUGCAUUAAAAAACAUAUAUCAAUUAGAAAUGACAACUCCUAUGUUAUAUAUUAGCACAAUAUUAUCAGUAUGAUGUCCAUAUGGGUAAUUAUUAGCUUAAAUACUGAAUUACCAUAUCAACAGAGAUCUGCCAAUAUUUACAACUGAUGUUUUGGCUAUAAAAAUCUGCCUUUAUCAACUGUAAAUAUUGGCCAUACAAACAUCAAGUUUCAUCAUUCAUCAUUAAGUUUUGGGUCUGAACUACAUUUGAAUAUCGGUAUUGGCCAAAAUCUGUAAAAAGUGGCACAUCGGAUAUUGGUAAAAAUCUAAUAUCAUGCAUCCCUAUAAAAAUUUUUUUAUCUAUCUAUCUUUUGUUUGUUUGUUUGUUUGUUUUUUACGGAAGAGUAUUGGGGCCACUGAAAAAAAAUAAUUUUG